GCUUAGAGUUCUUCAUAUCUUCCUCCAUUUGACUUAUAGUUACUUCAAUAUCUAUCAUUCAUUCUUAACCAUCUACUACAUUCUUGAAGAAGAAAAAACUUGUUCCUAGAGGCAACAAAGGAGGGAAAAACAUGGCUACACAAGCUCUAGUGUCGUCAUCAUCUCUUACUUUUGCAGCUGAAGCUGUGAGACAGAGUUUUGGAGCAAGAUCACUCCCAUCUUCAAUAGGGUCUUCUAGAAAAGGUUCCUUUGUUGUCAAGGCAGCUUCUUCUCCUCCUGUUAAGCAAAAUGGAGCAAAUAGACAAUUGUGGUUUGCAUCAAAGCAAAGUCUUUCUUACUUGGAUGGCAGCCUUCCGGGUGACUUUGGAUUUGACCCUCUAGGACUUUCAGAUCCCGAAGGAACCGGUGGAUUCAUUGAACCAAGAUGGUUAGCAUACGGUGAGAUAAUCAACGGCCGAUUUGCAAUGUUGGGAGCAGCCGGAGCUAUAGCACCUGAAAUUCUUGGCAAAGCAGGUUUAAUUCCCGCGGAAACAGCACUCCCUUGGUUCCAAACCGGCGUGAUUCCACCAGCGGGAACAUACAACUACUGGGCAGACAAUUACACACUCUUUGUGAUGGAAAUGGCAUUCAUGGGAUUUGCAGAACACAGAAGAUUCCAAGAUUGGUACAAUCCUGGCUCCAUGGGAAAACAAUACUUCUUAGGACUUGAGAAAGGGCUUGGAGGUUCCGGCGAACCAGCAUACCCUGGUGGACCUAUAUUUAACCCUCUUGGUUUUGGUAAAGAUGAGAAAUCAUUGAAGGAAUUAAAGCUGAAGGAAGUUAAGAAUGGAAGGUUAGCAAUGUUGGCAAUAUUGGGUUACUUUAUUCAAGCUCUUGUUACAGGAGUUGGACCAUACCAAAACCUCUUAGAUCAUUUGGCUGACCCUGUCAACAACAACAUCUUGACCAGUCUCAAGUUCCACUAAAUGAAUGUAUUAUAUAUAUGCUCCUUUAUUUUCUUUGCUCUUGUUGGUUGUUGUAAGUUAUAAUUAUUACCAAAAAAACUCAACCACCUUUUCUUCACUUUCUUGUCUUAGCAUCUUGUGAGCAUGUUUCAUGAUGUGGCCUUGUAAGAAAUGACAUUUACAAGAACUAGAAAUAUUCAGCAUCUUUGUGUGUUAA